UGAGCCCUGAACACGCGUCUUCCCUUCUGAAGUACCUAUCGAUUCCGGCCAUGUCGCAUGCGCAAUGACGUGCCAUGCCGAACAACCGUCGAGCAGGGGUUUCCGCCCAGGGUCUGUAGCUCCAGCCCCGCCGACUGUUCCGCCUGUCACGUCUCCCGCGCUCAGACCUCAGAUGUCUCUUGCGCUUCAUUGCAACAUCUGUCACGAUGGCGGAGGUUGAAGCCGGUCCUGCGGCGACCGUAAAGCAAGCAGUUGAAAGCCCUUCUGAUCAGCUCAACGACCAGGAGCAGCAAAAUGCUGCCCAGCUGAUCCAGCGCAAUUAUCGCGGAUACCGCGAACGUCGACAACUUCAGGGUAUCGGGCUAGAUGCUAGUGCACGCUGGGCAGAAGUACGCCUCCAAACUUUCCAUGAAGCCAGAGUGAAAAGUUGACAGUGCCACAGGCUGUACGAGAUGCGAGAUGGCGCAACGCAACGCGCCUCAAGUCGCACGCAGACAGCCAGUCAAACCAAG